AUAGCUCCUUUAAAAUGAAUUAUUUUAUUUUUAAUUUUUUUAUUUACAUAUAUAUUUGUUAAUUUUAUGAAUUAUUAUUUAUUUAUACCAAAAAUUGUUGAUUUAAAAAAUUUUGAUAAAAAUUCUAAUAAAAAUUUAAAUAAAAAAUUUUUAAUAAAAUGAUAA